CCGAGCUGCAAAAAUUAAUCGAUUGAAAUGUGCAGGUGUUGAUAUUCUAUGAAGAACACUACACAUUCAUUUUGGAAUUACUGCGCCUUGUUUGACAGUUCCCGUUGUGGGGUUUUGUUCGUGGACUAAAACAACAAUUAUCUUCUUGUGACAGAAUAUAUAUUUUCUUUAUUUUUUCAUUCAAUUGUCAUUUGACAACAUGAGGACGUUAGUAUUGCUUGUUCUGUUUCAAAUGACGACUAUUGCCUUGGUGAGUGCUGGCUGCCCUGUGAUGUGUGAGUGUCCGGCUGGCCCCCCCUCCUGUCCCCCGGGGGUCAGCUCUGUACCUGACGGUUGUGGCUGCUGUAAGGUGUGUGCUGCCCAGCUCAACCAGGACUGCCACGACUCACACCCCUGUGACCACCACAAGGGUCUGGAGUGUAACUAUGGCAAUGAUGUGGGCCACACUCAUGGCAUCUGCAGGGCGAAGCUUGAGGGUCGCUCCUGCGAAUACAACGGACGGAUCUACCAGAACGGGGAGAAUUUCCAGGCUGGCUGCAAGCACCAGUGUACGUGCAUUGACGGGGCGGUGGGCUGCGUGCYUCUGUGCCCCAGCCAUGUGCCCCUGGCAUCGCCCUCCUGCCCUGCGCCGCGCCUGGUCAAGGUGCCUGGGCAGUGCUGUCUCAGUAUCGACUGCCACAAGGGCUCAUCCGUUGUACCCCCAGUACAAUGGCACGCACUGCCUCCAGCCUACCCGCCUUUCCCCUUCAUGCCCUACCCUGCCUACCCCUACAAACCAUACCCCAAGCCGUACCACUACAAACCCAAGGAUACCAUGGGAAACAAGCUGGUGGAGGUAGAGAAGACGUGGGACAAGCUGCGCGGGCACAAGCACCUGGCGGCAUGGAGGCAGUUUGGAGGGCAGUGUGUGGUCCAGACCACGAGCUGGUCCCAAUGCUCACGCAGCUGUGGGAUGGCCGUGUCCUCUCGUGUCACCAAUGACAAUGCCCGGUGUAAGCUUGUGAAGGAGACGCGUCUGUGCAACAUCCGGCCCUGCAGCUCCAUGUCCAUCCCCGUCAAGAAAGGGAGGAAGUGCUCCCGUACCCACAAGGCCCCAGAGCCCCUGCGUCUGUCCUAUGCUGGCUGCCGCAGCACGCGUCUCUACCGGCCCAACUACUGUGGCGUGUGUGUGGACGGCCGCUGCUGCUCACCCCGCCGCACACGCACCACCUCCGUGACCUUUGCCUGCCCUGAUGGCGAGCGCUUCGACCACUCCGUCAUGUUCGUGCAGUCCUGCAAGUGCAGUGAUAAGUGCAGUCAUCUGAACGAGGUUGCCCUCCCGCCCCAGCAGUGGCUCUACGGAGACACACACAAGUUCACCGACUAGCGUCCCCCUCAAAUCCCUUACUCGUUCCCCAUCACUUUUA